CGAGCAUCGCCCGGAACAGGUGAUACACCUGAAGGUGCAUUCAUCAAGGAGGUGGCAAGGGGGCGGGAUCGCGCCAAGUGCAACGUCGGGGCUCAAAAAGCGCGAUAUACCGAGGCCCGACCGGGGGCAGGUCUCGACGGGAGCGGUCACUGAUGCCCGUGCGGUGUCGCCAUUACGAUUAGGCUUGGCAACCAUCCUCGGGCUCCACUAGCCGACACAUCAGCGACGACACAUCUACCCGAGCACAUAUAAUGGGCGCCACACGAAACAUGAGUGCAACCAUCCGCCGCCCAUGGCACUCCCACUUUUGCUCUCCCUUCUCUCCCUACUGGCGGUCGCGUCCGCGUCGCCGUCUGCACGACCUAAUCUCGAAAAGCGCGUCUCGGGCAUUACAACGUCCUCUGCGGGCAUCAAUGGCAGCACGUUUGACUACAUCGUCGUCGGUGGAGGCCUCGCGGGGAUGACCGUUGCAUCGCGUCUGUCCGAGGACCCCAACAUCACCGUGCUCCUCAUCGAGGCGGGUCAGGACGACCGAUCGAACUCCCAGGUGUAUGAUAUCUACGAAUACAGCGCUGCCUUUGGCGGGCCGAUGGAUUGGGCCUGGACGGCGGAGCAGGGGAAAACCAUCCACGGGGGGAAGACGCUCGGCGGCAGCACUUCGAUCAAUGGCGCGCAUUGGACUCGUGGGACCAAAGCGCAAUACGACGCGUGGUCCACGCUUCUGGAGCCUAGCGAGGCCAACGCGGAAGGUUUCUCCGCUCCGAACGACCAGCAGGCCGCCAAAGGCGCACAGUCCAUUGCUUCGUAUCACGGCACUUCCGGCCCAGUCCAAGUCACGUAUCCAGACUUGAUGUACGGGGGCCCGCAACAGCCUGCUUUUGUCGAUACGAUCGUUGGCCUCACCGGGAUCAAUCACUACAAAGACCUGAAUGGAGGGACGCCCAACUGCGUGUCCAUCACCCCUCUGUCGCUCGACUGGCACAGAAACGACCAUCGCUCCUCUUCGGUCGAGGCGUAUCUCACCCCAGUCAUCAAUCAGCGCACAAACUGGGUCACCCUCGCGCGUCACAUCGUGACCAAGAUCAACUGGGCCAACCCAGGAAGCACGCCCUUGAAAGCAUCGGGUGUUGAGUAUGCGUACUGGGUCAACCAGCCUGCGAGGUACAACGUGAAAGCGAGGCGGGAAGUCAUCAUUGCCGCGGGUGCCAUCCAGACCCCGGUGUUGCUUCAACAAUCCGGUGUCGGGGACCCUGCAGUUCUGGGGCCGCUUGGGAUCACCACCCAAAUUCCUCUGACCACUGUCGGCCGCAAUUUGCAAGAACAGACUAUGAACUCCCUGGGCGCCAAUGCUGUCUCUAGUUUCGACCCGAACGGCCAAGGCCCAUCAGAUGCGAUCGCCUUCCCGAAUAUCUAUCAGGUGUUUGGCGGCGACGCCAGCACCAAGGUUGCCCAAAUCCAGGGCAACCUGUCCAACUGGGCUGCGUCUCAAGCGGGCUCUGCGCUCUCAGCUUCUGCGUUGCAGCAGAUCUUCCAGGUUCAAGCGGAUCUGAUCAUCAACCAGAACGCCCCCAUCGUUGAGCUCUUCUACGACACUGGUUUCCCCGCUGCGCUUGGGAUUGAUAUGUGGCAACUUCUUCCUUUCAGCCGAGGCACAGUCAAGAUCAAGUCCACUGACCCUUUUACGUAUCCCAAAAUCAAUGUCGGCUACUUCAGUGUCCCUAUGGAUCUCGACAUCCAGGUGGCUGGCGCCCGCCUCGCUCGCCGGAUCUUGUCGAGCCCGCCUCUCAGCGGUCUGAGUGCUGGGGAGGCUGUGCCCGGGAACGCCGUCCCCGAUACGGACUCGCACCGCGGCUCCGAUGCGGACUGGAAGGCAUGGAUCAAGGGCGGCUUCGCGAGCGUGGCGCAUCCGAUCGGAACCGCUGCCAUGAUGCGCCGCUCGCUCGGCGGUGUCGUCGACGCGCAGCUGAAGGUCUACGACACGGCCAACGUUCGUGUCGUCGAUGCCUCGGUUGUGCCGAUGCAGCUCAGUGCGCACCUGAGCUCGACGUUGUAUGGAAUCGCAGAGAAGGCCGCCGAUCUGAUUAAAGCUGCUCAGUAAAAGCAAUGCAAGGCGAAGGACUGACUGCAUCUUGUUGUAUAUUACUCUCGGACUAGCUGAAUACUAGUGUCAAGUAAAUACCUCCUGUAAAUUACCCACAGGCUCCUCAUAAUACGAGUACUAAUGCGCGCCGCGGACUUUGCCG